UCUAGGACCCCGCAAGACGCACCCGAUUGAACCAGAAGGGUGCAUGCGCGUCUUUCCGCCAGUUUUCUCACGUCUGUUGGAAUGAGGGCUACUCUUUAGUUCCAGUCGUUCCUAGUCGCACAGCAGGAAAACUUUCCCGGAGGAAGGCGGAGGAAGAGGCGCAUUCAGCAUGGCAUACAAAAACGCCGCCUUGCUGUUGGUGUGCAUCCUGCACUUCCUGGUGCAAGUGGGUGACAGCAAGUCUAUUUACAAGGCGAAAAAAGGGAGCCUGGAUCUGAAGGGAGCACGAGAUGAAGCUGCAGCACUGAAAUACACGGCGCAGAAAAGACAAACUAAGCUUGUGGGCGGUAACAAGGACACCCUACAUGAUCAUCUGAAGCGUGGACAAGCGAGUUUCUCAUCGUCUUCGUCCAGCCAUUCAUCAUUUUCAUCAUCAUCAUCAUCAUCAUCAUCAUCUUCGUCAUCAUCAUCAUCAUCAUCAUCUUCAUCAUCUUCAUCAUCUUCAUCAUCCUCGGGAGGAGCAGCUGCGGCAGGUGGGGCUGCAGGAGGCGGUGGAGCUGCAGGAGGCGGUGGAGCUGCAGGAGGCGGAGGAGCUGCAGGAGGCGGUGGAGCUGCAGGAGGAGCGGCUGGAGGAGGUGAGGGUGGAGGCGGUGGAGGUGCAGAGGCGGAAGCUGGAGGAGCAGAGGCGGAAGCUGGAGGAGCCGAAGCGGAGACCGAGGCUGCAGAAGCAGAAGCCGAGGCGGAAGGAGCCGAAGCAGAAGCGGAAGGGGGAGAAGUAGAAGCAGAAGCUGGAGAAGCCGAAGCUGGGGGAAAUGACGAAUUGCUUGGUUGCUACGAAGAUAUGUUCAUCUUCAGGCGCCUCCCGUACGGACAGUGGAUAGAUGACGAGAUCAUGACUAAUGAGGCCUGUGCUGAUCACUGCAAAGAACUGAAGUUAGAAUAUUCAGGUACUCAGUACUACUCGGAGUGCUACUGUGGCGGGGCAGACGACUUUGCCAUCAUGACGAAAGUCGACGACGCGGAGUGCGACACGCCAUGCUUGGGUGAUGAGUCCCAGAUGUGCGGAGGGGCACUGCGGUUAAGUGUGUCCGCCGCGAAAGGUGCAGCGGCGGCGGGCGAAGGAGAAUUCAACCUCGCAUCUAUCAUAGCAUUCAUGAAAGACGCUAUCUGGAUCGAGGCUAAGGCUGAGUGGGCCGUGGAAUUCUCUGGAGAGGCUUCCGCGGGGUUCGAGGUGGCGAACAUACUGGACGCGAGUUUGGACACGUAUUGGAGUGCUGAAGGACUCGACAGGUAUUUCAACGCCUGGUACGUCAUCUUUGACUUUGGUACCGUGUACACUCUGGACAAGAUCCGCAUCGUCAACUUCGGUGACACCGACCACGACAUCAAGGCUUUCACCCUAAUGGUUUCUACCAGUGCUGAGUACGAGUGGAUCGCUGUGUUAAGCGUGGAUGGUGUGGAGGGAGGAACCAAGAAAGAACAGGAAUUCGGCGGGUUCAUCGGAUCAGGGCAGUACUGGCGCCUGACGAUCAGCGCGACGUACGGCGGCUUCCAGCCUUACCUGGUGGCGUUCGACUUCUUUGGGGUGGAAGGCGGCCUCCCAGACGGCGUUGACAUUAACGAGUUUAGCUUGGAGACUGACGCGGGUUUCAAUAUCGGUGGCGUUGUGGACAUCGUCAACGAAGUAUCCUCUGCUACCUGGAUUGUCGGACAGACAUCCUGGGCUGUGGAAUCUUCUGGAGAGGCGGAGGAGAAGGACGGAGUCGUGUUUGACGCGGGGGCGACCCUGGACAAUGACCCCGACACGUACUGGUCAGCCGUCGGUUUGGACCAGUUCUACAAUGACUGGUUCAUCGUUUUCGACAUGGGGACUGUCUACACUAUCAGCGAGUUCCGCAUCACCAACUUUGGUGAUACUGACCAUGAUGUGAAGGCUUUCUCCCUGUUGGUAUCGUUUGCCCCCGCGCCUUAUAACUGGAACACGGUGUUGUCCGUGGACGGGGUGACCGGAGGGUCCAGGGAGCCACAGGAGUUUAAGGGUUUCCUCGGCAUCGGCCAGUAUUGGAAGAUACGCGUUACUGCGACAUACAGCGGGUAUCAGCCGUACAUAGUUGCCCUGGAGUUCCUUGGUGUGGAGGGCGGGGCAACUGAGGAAGAAGAUGUCGAAGAACUGUCGGGUGUCGAUGUAAGCAGUCUCCUAGAGGUUGGCGAGGAAGUGGCGGAGUUUACGUGGCUGGCGGGAAGCUCUGACUGGGUUUUCGACUCUUCUGGCGAGGCGUACGAAAAAGACGGCGUGACGUUUGACGCCAGCAUGGUGUUUGAUGGAAGUGUGAACACCUACUGGCGGUGUACAGGUACUGAGAAGAAUUUUAACGCGUGGUACAUCGUCAUCAAGUUCGAGCAGGCCUACACGUUGGACAAACUCCGCGUCAGCAGUUUCGGGGACACCAAACACGACAUCACGGCUUUCGAGCUGCAGGUAUCUACGACUGGCUCUACAGAUGACUGGUUCACUGUUGCAUCUGUGUCUGGCCUUCCGACUGGCAGCAACGAAGCCAGAGAAUUCGGAGGCUUCCUCGGAACCGGACAGAUCUGGCGAUUCCUCAUCACUUCAACAUCGGAGGGCGAGGAACCCUGGGUGGCAGGGCUGGAAUUUGAGGGAAAACCAGGAGAACUUUCCGAAGAUAUCGACAUGGACGAGUUGGAGGUAACAGAGAAGGAGGAAGGGGAGGAGGCGGAAGAAGAGACUGAAGAAGUGGAAGAACUGAACGUUGGUCUUGGCGUGGACAUAGGACUUGUGAUGGAGCUGGUUAGGAUUGUCCGUGAGUCGGUGUGGCUGGAGAAGAGCGUGGACUGGGCGACGGACUCCUCGGGCACGGCUGCUGCAGGUCACGAGGCAACGGUCGUGUUGGACGGUAACGCGGAGACGUACUGGGAGGUGUCCGAUAUGGACAGGUUUUCCAACGAAUGGUACAUCGUGUUUGACUUUGGAACGGAAUACACGAUGAGCAGCUUCGCCGUCACCAACUUUGGAGACACCGAUCACGACAUCAAGUCUUUCACAUUAGCGGUGAACCCGAGCAGCGACGGGAAAACGUGGAUCGUGGUCCUGUCCGUGGAGGAAGUCCAGGGAGGGACGAACGCACCCCAGGUGUUCGGCGGUUUCUUAGCAACCAGUCAGCAAUGGCGGAUCAUGAUCACAUCGACCUACGGAGGCUACAGUCCUUAUCUUGUAGAUGUUUCCUUCAACGGAGUAGAUGAACCACUACCGGAAGGGACGGACGCCACGACUCUGAACACACCCGUGGUGGGAGGAUACACUGUCGGCCAAGUCGUGCAGUCCAUCACUUCAAUCUCGAAAACGACCUGGCUGACGGCGAGUGUCGAGUGGACGUCCGAGUCCUCGGGAACAGCUGCCACUGGAUUCGAAGCCACGGCUGUUCUUGACGGGAACCCAGAUACCUACUGGAACCCGGAGGGUCUGCCCGAAAACUACAACGAGUGGUUCAUCGUUUUCGACAUGACUACGGACUACACCAUGAACAAGCUCGCUGUAACCAACUUCGGAGACACGCAGCACGACAUAAAGGCCUUCACGCUGGCGUUUUCUGCCACUGGUGAGGAGGACACAUGGAAGAUAGUGCUGGGCGUCGAUGGCCUCAAGGCGGGAACCAAGGAGCCUCAGGAGUUCGGUGGCUUCCUUGGAACAGGUCGGUUCUGGCGUUUCAUGAUCACGGCCACGUAUGGCGGCUCCCAGCCUUAUCUGGUGGAUCUCACAUUCCAAGGCGCAGAAGGACAAGUAGAAGGUGGAGUCGACAUCUCCGAGCUCGAGGAUCUCAAGCUGGGAUUUGACAUUAACGAAGUAGCACAACUAGCAGCUGAAGUUAUAGAAGAAACAGAAACCACCGUGCUCAAAGCCGUUCUAGCCGGUGCUUCAGGAACUCCUUAUGAAGAGGACGGUAAGGUCUUCGCGCCCGAUAAUCUGUUAGACGACGAUCCCGACACGGCGUGGCAGCCUGACGGCUUCGAGGACAACUACAACCAGUGGUUCGUAUCCUUCGAUCUCGGCGAAGUGCAGACCUUGGAUCACAUCACCUUCACAAAUGCUGGGGACAAGGAACAUGACGUCACAACUUUCGUACUGCAGAGCUCCGAAACCGGCGAGGACGACACCUGGGAGGAGGUAAGAAAAGUAACAAUAGUCAACACGGUAGAGAAAGGAACGAGUGAACCGCAGACGUUUGGCGGCUUUAUUGGGUCCGGUCGCUUCUGGCGUAUUGUCGUGACUCAGACGGUGACGGGCACAGCUCCGCGCGUGGUCAGCAUCAAGUUCGAAGGCACAGAGGGGGAUCUGACGGAGCUGGUGGAAGAAGGCGAGCCAGAAGAGGAACCAGAAGCGCCUGAUGUCAGCACGUUGGUGGAAGUCGUGGAGGAAGUAUCAAAAUCUGAGUGGAUUGAGGUGACAGAAGAAAGCGUGACCGAUGUGUCCGGCUCUGUCGUUCCUGGGUUCGAGCCGGGGAAAGUUCUGGAUGGAGACAAGACUACCUACUGGAUGCCAGGUGGCACAGAAAAGGACUUCAACGAAUGGUACAUCACCUUUGACCUCGAGACCAACUACCUCAUGAGAGAAAUAAAGCUGACCAACACCGGGGACACGGAACACGACAUCACGUCCUUCACGUUCCAAAUCUCCACCACCGGAGCCGAGGACGACUGGAUUGACGUCACCACGUUUGACGUGGAGGGCGGCACCGACGAACCUCAAACGUUCGGCGGCUUUGUGACGUCAGCAAGGUACUACCGAAUCCUGAUCACACAGACUUCCGACGGAUCAGAACCUCAUUUGGUCGCCGUCGACUUCAAUGGAGUGAAAGGUCAUUCUGAUGAAGACUUUUUAAUACAAGGAAAACUGGUAAAUCAUUCUGUCUCCUUCUGA